GGCUCGGCGGCGGCGGUGCGCGGCUCCGGCGGCUGCGGCAGCUCCACCGGCACGGAGUCCCCGGCUCUGGCCGGGAUGGGCGGGCGGCCGCGCCGGGUGCGCGGGGGGCGCGCGACGUGACCCGCCUGGACUCGGAGCCCGGCCCGCGGCCGCGCCGCUCGAGGGUCUGCCGGGGAGCGCGGACGCGGGGCCGGCGGCUGAGCCGGAGCCAGAGCAUGCGGGGCGCGGCGCGGGCGGCUGGGGGGCGCGCGGGGCAGCCGUGGCCGCGGCCCCCCGCCCCGGGCCCUGGACCCCUACGGCUGGCCGUGCUCCUGGCCGUGCUGCUGGGUGGCGCGAGCGCUCAGUACUCGAGCGACCUGUGCAGCUGGAAGGGGAGUGGGCUGACACACGAGGCGCACAGGAAGGAGGUGGAGCAGGUGUACCUGCGCUGUGCCGCGGGCGCUGUGGAGUGGAUGUACCCCACCGGCGCUCUCAUCGUCAACCUGAGGCCCAACACCUUCUUGCCCUCAAGACGCCUGACUCUCUGCAUCAAGCCCCUCAGGGACUCCUCGGGGGCCAAUAUUUAUUUGGAAAAAACUGGAGAACUGAAACUGCUGGUGCGGGACGGGGACCGUGGGCUCGGCCAGGUGCGCUGCUUCGACUUCGACCAGGGCGGCCUGUUCGUGGAGGCGACGCCCCAGCAGGACAUCAGCAGGAGGACCACGGGUUUCCAGUAUGAGCUGACCAGCCGGCGUGUGGGGUCGGACCUGCACGCUCUGUCAGCCCCCUGCCGGCCCUGCAGCGAUGCGGAGGUGCUCCUGGCCGUCUGCACCAGCGACUUCGUUGUCCGAGGCUCCAUCCAGGAUGUCACCCAUGAGCCGGAGCAGCAGGAGUCGGCCAUCCACCUGCACGUGAGCCGGCUCUACCGGCAGAAGAGCAGGGUCUUCCAGCCCACCCCAGAGGGCAGCGGCUGGCGGGGCCGCAUCACGACGCUGCUGGAGUGCGGUGUGAGGCCCGGGCACGGGGAGUUCCUCUUCACCGGCCACAUGCACUUUGGGGAGGCCCGGCUCGGCUGCGCCCCGCGCUUUAAGGACUUCCAGAGGAUGUACAGGGACGCCGAGGAGACGGGGCUGAACCCCUGUGAGAUGGGCACGGAGUGACCACUGCUGGUGCCGCGGCGGACGCCCCAGUGCUCAAGCUACGGAGGCACACACCGCGUCCGACCCCACAGGGUCCCGGCCAAGGACUGAUUGAUUGGAAAUGCUGUAAAAUGCAAACUAAGUUAUUAUAUAUUUUUUAAAAAAAGAAACGUCCAUAGGAAGCAAA